AUGUGGCCGACCUGUGUCCGCGAUGGACGGCCGCUCCCGGCACCCGCCGGAGCGGCCAGCCGACCGCGAGACUCGGUGGAGGGCCGGCGCAGGGCCUGGAGUGGCCGAGAACUGGCGCGAACGGCUUUGAUGGGUGGAGCGAUGGGAUCUUGGAGAGGCCGAAAAGUUCUUCGUCCACCUCCCUUCCGGGCGUGUGGUGGCCAAUCGCAGCAGCGACUAUUUUCUGGGGAAGUUCGUGUGCAAGCACUCCUGGCCAUCUACUACCUUUAUUGCAUGAGUUUCCUCGGCUUCACCUGCGGCUUACCGCUUGGCCCAGCUUUGACUGAGCGCGGCUUGGAUGUCGGGGCCUUCACAUCGUGCUUUUUUCUCGGGCAGCUCUUGGGAAACAUAGCUUUGCCAAUUCUGAGCGAACGAGCUGGUACCGCGCAAGUCUUGGUGGGAAGCUUAGCGAUAUCCGCAGCAGCAUGGUUUUACUUGGGCUUCGCUUUGCUGCAGAACCUGCCGCUCCAAUGGAUCUUUCUCGCCCGGGGCAUCGCAGGCUUUGGCAGUGGCAUCGUUCCCGUCCUGCGAUCUUUCUUGGUCCAGAGCCUUCCUGACAAAGAUCAACUCUCUGCCAGCUUGGCUUACGGCGAGGCCGCCGGACAAAUCGCCUUUACUUUGGGGCCCUUCUUGGGAGGAGCCGUCGCAGACCUCUUUGGCCUGUCGAUCCCCUUCUGCUUCAUCGCGUUUCUCUGCCUUUGCGGUGCGCUGAUCUGUAUCUCGGUCCUCCCAAGGAGGGAAAGCCGCGAAGGGGAAGGGGAUGCGACGACACUCCAGGAGGAGGGGCCAGAAAAAGACACGGCUCAGACAGAAGCCGGCGAAGGCUCUCUCUGUUGGAGUGCUUGGCGCGCUCUCGGGGUUUCUUUGGUGCUCUCAUCCGUCAGAUUCCUCCUAAACCCGUUCAUCCCGUUCCUGCUUCUGCGGCAGUACCACUUCUCUACUUCCAUGCUGGGUAGCACACUGUCUCUGCUUUCUAUCUUCAUCUUCCUGUGCCAAAUAGGCCUGGUCCAGCCACUGAAAAGGUGGAUGGGAGUCAAGCAGACCUGUGCCUUGGGCAUCCUAUCGAAGGCGGCCGCUCUCGCUGUGCUGGGCGCCUUCCCUUCCUUGCUGGCUCCGGCCUUGCUGCUCUACGCCUUCGGCCUUGCUCUGGCUUUCGCUGCGUUGCCCGGGGUGGUGGUGAGCACAGCACCGGAAGGCCGGCGCAGCAGGUUUUUGGUGCUGGAGGCUUCCAUCUCGAGCUUUGCCAGGAUAGCAUCGCCCUUGGCCAUCGGUCUGCUGCGCUCGCCGGGAUCCUUCAACGCCUUGUCAGCGAUGCUGCUGGCCAGUUCCGCUCUUCUCCUGUAA